AUGAAGCUAAACAAGGCGUCAAUAUCAGCAUCAACAUCAACAACGAAGAAUGAAUCCACCUCCUUCUCCACCAUAGCUGAUGUCGAAAAGACGAAAGAAACAACCCGAAAGAAGAAUGUUGUAGUGAAGAAAGCCAAAUCACCAGCAACAACACCAUCAAAGAAAGCAAAGAAUAUAAUUACAAUUCCAGCUAAAAGAAAGGAAACUAUGAUGAAGAAAGAUGUAGUUGCUAAAGUGAAGAAAACUCCGACGAAGAAAGUUGUGAAGAAGCCUAACACUAUAAAGUCUCCAACAAAGAAAGAGAAGAAAUGA